AAAGCCAGAAUAAAAAAAAACAAAUUCAAUCAACAAAUUGAUAUUGCGACACAGUCAGCGAUAUAUAGAUAAUUCACGCCGCAAGUAUUAUUGAACUAAAAAACAUUACUCAGAAGAUAACAGCAAUUAUAUUACAAUAAACGUUAUGACGAUAUUUCACGACGAAGUAGAAAUUGAAGAUUUCGAGUACGAUGAGGACGAUGAAAUGUACUAUUACCCCUGCCCAUGUGGAGACCGAUUUCAGAUUAGUAAGGAAGAACUUAUGGCCGGUGAAGAAGUAGCUACGUGCCCCAGCUGUUCUCUCGUCGUCAAAGUUAUAUAUGAUUUGGACAAAUUCAAAGCUGAAGCUGAGGAAAAGAAUAUCGAGGAUGGUGAUAAAGAAACUGUUAAAGUGUAACAAACUGCAGUGGUGACAUGAUAGUGCCAUUGAAUAAUAUGUUGCUGUAAACAGCAUUGACAUGGAAGUUGAGUUCCACAGCACAAGGAGAGAUUAUGAAAACUGUGUUUUCUAUGAUGACUUUUUGAACCAAGUUCAAUACAUA